AUGCAUUCUUGUACUGAAUCAGAGCCCCCCAAGACGCACGGCCGUGAUGAAAAUACGCGGCCUGAUAGCUUCUCGUUGGCCCAGUUGAACGCGAACUCCAAUACCCUUCCGGCUCAAGAUGGCCAGAGUACAGCUACGCACGAUAUUAAAUUAGACAAAGAUGGUGAUGGCCUGACCGGGCCAUUGGAUAAUCUCCAUUUGUCCAAGGACGAAGAAGGGAGGCCUAUACCGGAGACUGCCGGUGGUGCCCAAGAGGAUGGGCAGCCACGAACGGACAGUUUGUUCGACGAUGAUCAAACCCAUCUCUCUAAUUCAUCUACAAAACCUACCAGCUUCGAUUCUAAAAGCAUGGCUUCUGUCACUACGUUUGCCAUGGAUGAGAAAGAGUCUUUACGACCAGAUGACAGUGCCAGUGUUCAGGCCGUAGAAGAGGAUGAAUUUCUCGCCCCUACCACGGACGCGAUCAGCUCCCAGGCUAAUUCGGAUCCAUCUGCAUCCAACCGUGGUGACUCGCAGCAGCACAAGAAUGCAAUACUACGUGAACCAGAGCUGUUGAAGAAAAGCACGUUGCCAUUCAACGAAGACGCUCUACGUAGAAAUGGAGUACUCCCAGCACCGGAGGGUGAACAAGUUCUGCAUGGUUUUCCAAGUGAGCCGGAUGAGAAGCUCGUAGAGGCCAUGGGAUCUCCAAAGGACCGUCUGCUACUCCUUCAGCUAGAGGAGAAGAUUAUUUCUUUCAUCAAGAACUCAAGGUAA